UUAACAAUAAUCUGACAGUUUAAUGAAAAGCUGAGUUGUGAUUUGAUUUGGAAAUAUUACAUUUCACACGUUUAGUUUAGUUUGCAGUUACUUUAGUGCUCUGAUGUCUGCUGAACAAUGAACCAGGAGGAACCGUCUGGAAAUCUUUUUCUUUAUUCUUUGAAGUCACCAGUCAGUGUCGGUGCUGGUUUAGUCUCGACCCGACAGCGACAGCAGUUUUCUGGUGUGUGAGGUAACAGCUCUACAGUAACAUGCUCAUCAGAUGUGGCCUACACCUGCACCUUGUUGGUGUCACGUCAGUACUUUAGUACUCUCAACAGAUGUUCUGUUUCAUCAGUCCUGUCCCCCUUUGAGCGAUGUCCAGCUCAUAGAUCUUGGCAGAUCUGGUUUUGUCCAGGUUCUUGAGAUCACUGUCUGCUGGGUUCAGGUAGAUUUCCCACCCCCUUCCUGUGCUUGUGGUAUCUUGUCUCUACUUGGCAUCUUGCCUGAUUUAUUCUUUGAUUGGCCAGGUUGGGUCUAAAACCAGUUGGAAAGUCACUUUACACACUGAGAAGACCACAAAUAUUAACAUUUAAACAUUAAAAUUUAAAAUAACUGUUUUUCAGGAUUUAGUUGUUGUGUUUUGUGAACUCUGUGAUUGGAGACGGUCUGUCUGCCAUCGACUUCACAAUACGAGACCCCCCACAUCAAACCCUGUCGACAGUAUUUAAUGCAGCUUCGGUGUCCGCAAAUUAACGGAUAUGACUCUUCUUAUGAAAAUAAUCACCGGAAGUGGUAUUUCCGUUUCCGGUAUGAUCAGAGCGCGAGCUUGAUGGUGAUGCGCAGCUCGUGAAGCCUCAGAGUAGAGAGACGCCAAAAUAGAAAUCAAAGAUCGAAGAAGAAAAGGUCAGACUGUUUGUUUGUUUGUUUGUUGGUGACGUCAGCAGAUCAUCAGAGAUCAGCAUUAUCUGUUUAUCACAGACGGGACUGUGACCAUGUCUCCCUCCGUCCCCCUCUCAUUGGUCAGCAUCCUUCUCCUGAGUCUGGCCUCCUCUGAGGCCGUUGACCCCUCUGUGGAGGACCUGACCAAUAGGAACGCAGACUUUGCCGCCCGGCUGUACCGAGCUGUGUCCAGCCGGACUGAUGACAAUCUUUUCCUGUCUACUUUCUCACUGUCCGCUGCACUGUCUGCACUGCUGGUUACCACCAGUGGGCCAACCCAGGACCAGCUGCUGCAGGGACUCAGCCUGACUGGAUUGGACCCUCAGACCCUACCAGAUCUUUUCCAGAAUCUGAGGACGGCCGUCCUUCAAGGGAGCAUUGCCAUGAACCUGCGGCAAGGCGUGGCCAUCCUCCCAUCACAGAGCUUCCAGGUGUCAUCAUCCUACCUUGAUCUUGUUCAAACAAAAUUUGGGGGGAAUGCUCAGAGUCUGGUCUAUACGGUGCCACUGGAAGCCACUGACACGAUCAACCGCUGGACCCAGGAAUCGACCGGAGACAGGGUCCAGGAACUGGUUACCAACUUGGACCCCCAGACCCAGCUGCUUGUAGCCAUCGCCGCCUCCUACCAGACCCGCUUCAGUCCGUCCUUUAACUCAUCGCUGACUCAGGAUGAGCGUUUCUACGUGGACAGGUAUCACGUCGUCAUGGUUCCCAUGAUGUUCAGGGCCGAUAAGUACUUCCUGGCAUAUGACCGGUCUGUGAAGGUCGGCGUGUUGAAGCUGCCGAUGACAGAUGGGACGGCCAUGUUGGUUCUGCUGCCCGAUGAAGACGUGGACAUCACCUCCGUCGAGGAGGAAGUGACCGCCGAGAAGAUCCAGGCCUGGAUCCGACAACUGAAAAAGACGAAGUUGGAGGUGCAGCUGCCUCGCUUCCUGUUGGAGCGUUCCUACUCGCUGCGCGACGCCCUGCAAACUCUCGACAUCACUCAAGUGUUUCAGGACGAUGCUGACAUCAUCAACAUGGGUGGAGCUAAAGGACCCAAACUCACACAGGUGUAUCAUAAAUCCGUUGUGUCCGUCGACGAGAGCAGCGAUGACAUCACCACAGGAGGUGGACCCACCGUGUUCUCCACUCUUCCUCCCAGACUGACCAUCAACAGACCCUUCAUCUUCAUCAUCUACCAGCAAACAACCGGCUGUGUGCUGUUCAUGGGCCGAGUCGUCGACCCCACCAAGAAAUAAAACUAAGUCCCGCCCCCCUGAGUUACUGUUGCUCCAUCUUUUACAUGUUGUCACUUUAAUUCAUGUUCUAGAUUCUGUCACCCUGUCUCUGUGGAUCUCCUGGGUUUCAUAGUUUGAUUUUUAGAGAAAUUAAAUGUAUUCUACAGGAUGAAGAAAACCAGUGAGGACACUCCGGAUGUCUGCAGGACUUAUUUGUUGAGUCAUGACUCCGUCAGCUGGUGUCUGAGAGCAGGAACACGGUUUGUCCUCUACAGAAACCAGGCUGAUUAUAAAAUAUGAUUUUAAAUCAUGUUUUCUUUUUUCUCCAUGAUAUCACUGCGAUGGCGCAACACUAAAACAAAUCAAAAACCUGUGAAUUCACGAGGCAACAUCACACAUUAGCAGCAGUAGAAGACCUAGAACUCAUACUACUACUAUGAGAAGUGGUAGUCACAAAUACUUGGGGUGAGUUUCUUCCCCCCCUGACACUGAAGCGUGAGUGGAGAUAUUAAUACCCUGAACUAUUGGUGACAAAUAACUAAUAAUAAACUAAUAACACCCCAAUAGUCUCAGCUUGACUUUGUUCAGUGAAUGUUAGCAUGGCAGCCACUGUAAUACCGUUUGUUCUGUAUAUGUUCAUGAAAACACUUCCUGUAUUUAACUCUGUAACUCUGUUAAAGCAUAUGUACCGUUAAAAACAUGUAUGUACUACUAGCAGUAAACCUCAACUGUCAAAUAUUAAACAUUAAAA